AUGGCAUCGAGUGCACCAAACACCGGCGUCAAAUCGGUGCUGUGCAAUAGUAAUUCAUAUUCGAAAGGCGAUCCAUUUGCUAUUAGUCUAGCCUAUGUUCUUGCAGAAUUGGAGACUACCACGCCUGCCCGUAAAGGCUAUGAUUUCUACAAUAUUUCGCCUUAUCCAAAUGCUUUUGCCUUCGGGCACGCUAAUUGUAGCUCAAGUUUAACAAGACCGGACUGCAAAACCUGCCUCGGAGCGGCCAAAACCGCCAUGUUGGGGUCUUGUGAUGGGCGGAUUGGAGCUCGAGCUGUGCUGAAUGAUUGUAGUGUUAGCACAAUAUCAUCAAGUUCAUCAGACUGCAGCCCAGUCAAUACUAUUAAGAUGAUGAGUGUUGUUCCAAAAUUCAGUUUAAUAGUCUCUGCACUUUUGAUUACAGUUAAAGGUGGAUCAGAUACCAGCAUUAAUGUCCUAGUUGAAACAGCCAAAAAUGAAGGAAUCUAA